ACCCCCCUCUUUUAAACCCCUCCCCUUUCCCAUGUUACACAAAUUCUCUAAACAGAACAAACAAACCAAAAUAAUCUCGCCGGAAAAAAUAGCAAAAAACAAUGGCCGAUGAAGCAAAGGCCAAAGGCAAUUCAGCAUUCGCCGCCGGCAACUUUACCGACGCCGUCCGCCACUUCACUGAAGCGAUCAAUCUAUCUCCGACCAAUCACGUUUUAUAUUCAAAUCGAUCAGCAGCUUACGCUUCACUGAACAAAUUCUACGAAGCCUUAGCCGACGCGGAAAAAACCGUCGAGCUGAAGCCGGAUUGGUCGAAAGGUUAUUCUCGGCUCGGCGCUGCUCAAUUAGGCCUUAGAAAAUAUAAUGAUGCUGUUUUGGCUUAUAAAAAGGGUUUAGAAAUUGAUCCUAAUAAUGGGGUUUUGAAGUCCGGGUUUGCUGAUGCUCAAUCAGCCCAGGCUCAAGCCCGAUUUAGAGGAUCGGGCCCAGGUCCGGCUACUCCGUUUGGCAAUGCGUUCUCCGGGCCGGAGAUGUGGGCUAAGUUGACGAGUGAUCCGCGUACGCGGGCUUAUUUGCAGCAGCCUGAUUUUGUUAGAAUGAUGCAAGAUAUUCAGAAGAAUCCGAAUAAUUUGAAUUUGUAUUUGAAUGAUCAGAGGGUAAUGCAGGCGUUUGGGGUUUUGUUAGGGGUGAAAUUGGAUACGAGGGCGCCUGAGGAGGAGGAUGCGGAGAUGCCGGAGGUGAAAGCUUCGCCGGAGAGAAAAAGGCCUGCGGAGAGUGAGCCGGUGAAGGAAGAGAAACGGGCUGCGCCUGGGUUCAGGCCCGAACCGAGGGAGGUGUCGGAGGAGGAGAAGCAGACGAAGGAGAGGAAAGGGCUGGCGCAGAAGGAGAAGGAGGCUGGUAAUGCGGCAUAUAAAAAGAAAGAUUUUGAGACGGCAAUUCAGCAUUAUAGUAAGGCAAUUGAGCUUGAUGAUGAGGAUAUUUCUUUCAUUACUAACCGUGCUGCUGUGUACUUGGAGAUGGGCAAGUAUGAAGAUUGCAUGAAAGAUUGUGACAAAGCUGUUGAAAGGGGAAGGGAGCUCAGGUCAGACUAUAAGAUGAUUGCAAGAGCUCUCACUCGAAAGGGAACUGCCCUAGUAAAGAUGGCAAAAACUUCAAAGGAUUAUGAACCUGCAAUUGAGACUUUCCAGAAAGCUCUUACCGAACACCGGAAUCCUGAUACACUGAAAAGACUCAAUGAUGCUGAGAAGGCGAAGAAAGAAUUGGAGCAGCAAGAGUAUUACGAUCCACAAAUAGCAGAUGAGGAGCGUGAGAAAGGUAACCAGUUUUUCAAAGAGCAGAAGUAUCCUGAUGCAGUUAAGCACUAUACAGAAUCCUUAAGGAGGAAUCCCAAAGAUCCAAGGGCAUACAGCAACAGGGCAGCCUGCUACACAAAAUUAGGUGCAUUGCCGGAGGGUCUUAAAGAUGCAGAAAAAUGCAUUGAGCUUGAUCCAACAUUUGCGAAAGGUUACACUAGAAAGGGUGCUAUUCAGUUCUUUAUGAAGGAGUAUGAGAAAGCCUUGGAAACUUACCAGGAGGGGUUGAAGCAUGAUGCUCAAAAUCAGGAACUGCUGGAUGGUGUCAGGAGAUGUGUAGAACAAAUAAACAAGGCAUCACGUGGUGAUCUAACUCCGGAGGAGCUCAAAGAGAGACAGGCCAAGGCAAUGCAGGACCCGGUAAUUCAAAACAUCCUUACAGAUCCAGUAAUGAGACAGGUACUAGUUGACUUCCAGGAGAACCCCAAAGCUGCACAGGAACAUAUGAAGAACCCUCUUGUGAUGAACAAGAUCCAGAAGUUGGUUAGUGCAGGAAUUAUUCAAGUCAAAUAAAUAGCUAAAUUAAAACAUGUACAAGAAAAAGAAAAAGAACAGAAUCCACUAGGGAAGGGAAGAAUGAGUCAUGUUUGAGAUGGUCGGUCUAUUCAAGGGAUUUUAUUUUAUUUUAUUUUAUUUUAUUUUUACUUUUAGAAAUUAGAUGUGAUGUUGCAUAUAAUCUUCUUUCUCUGGCUUUCCAAUUUUUCUUGUUAAGCAAAUGCGUCUAAAAUUUUGUUCCUUGAUAUUGCAAUUCGUCUCUAUGGGAGAUGUUACUAACUUAUAGUUC